AGUGGCAAGUUGGGGGAGAGAGGGGGAGUCUACAGUAGAAGAAGUAUUAAUCAAGAAGGGGUUUAGCUUCUUUCAGCUAAGCCUCCGAAAACUGCCCUCGUCUAUGCUGUAUUGGGCAGUAAAUAGUAGUUCGGGAGGCAUAAGAUCUAGCGGAACAUUUACUUGCUACCUCUUUUCUCUUUUCUCUCCUCUCCCUGCAUAACAUAUCACUCAAUCUCUCCCUCUUUCUUUCCUUUUUUACAUAUUUUCUCUCCCGCAGAAGAAAACUUGUUCAUCUAUCUGUCAUCUAAGAUGAUGUUGAGGAUCAUAUAAAUAAAUAAGGUUUAGAUUAGAUCUGUUAAAGAAUUAUUUUUGUUGUACUAGGAGAAGAUCGAUUAAAAAAGAAAUGUGGAAUCUAAAUGACUCCCCGAGCCACGAAAGAGACGAGGAAGAAUCAGAAGAAGGGUGUUCAUCACCUUUUGACGGAGAUGGACCUGAGUUUGACAAGGGUAAACGGGUCGGAUCCAUGUCGAACUCGAGCUCAUCGGCUGUGGUAAUUGAAGAUGGUUCCGAGGAGGAGGAUGGGAGUCGGAGAAAACGGAGCAGUAGCAAGAUUUUCGGGUUUUCAGUGAACAACGACAACUCACCGGAGCUAGAGCCUCCGGUGAUCACUCGCCAGUUUUUUCCGGUGGAUGAGUCGGUCGAAACAAUGGGAAUCGCAUCGGAGGCUAGCGCCACCUCCACGUUUCCGAGGUCCCAUUGGGUUGGUGUUAAAUUUGGCCAAACGGAACCUCCUCGCACCGCCGGUGUCGCCGGAAAGUCUACGGAGGUUCCACAGCCAUUAAAGAAGAGCCGGCGUGGGCCACGGUCGAGAAGUUCACAGUACCGCGGCGUUACUUUUUACCGGCGAACCGGUCGGUGGGAGUCACAUAUUUGGGAUUGUGGAAAACAAGUUUAUCUAGGUGGAUUUGACACUGCACAUGCCGCUGCCCGUGCAUACGAUAGAGCGGCCAUCAAGUUUCGGGGAGUGGAGGCAGACAUCAAUUUUGUACUUGAGGACUAUGAGGAAGACUUGAAACAGAUGAGCAAUUUAACCAAAGAAGAAUUUGUGCAUGUGCUUCGAAGACAAAGCACUGGAUUUCCCAGAGGGAGUUCCAAGUAUAGGGGUGUUACUUUGCACAAAUGUGGUAGAUGGGAAGCCAGAAUGGGCCAGUUCUUAGGCAAAAAGUACGUCUAUUUGGGUCUCUUUGAUACUGAAAUUGAAGCUGCCAGGGCAUAUGAUAAGGCUGCAAUUAAGUGCAACGGCAAGGAAGCGGUUACAAACUUUGAUCCUAGCAUUUAUGAAAUUGAGCUUCAUCCUACUGAAACUUCUAGUAAUCAACGGGAUCAUAAUCUAGACUUGAGCUUGGGCAGUACCGGGUCAAAGCAAAAGGAAUUGGGAGAUGAUCAUAGUCACAACCAACAAGGGAGGGAUCAACAGUCAGCCUCAAUGGGUUAUCCAAUGAAUAGUUGGCAAAAUCGGGGGAUUAGGCCUAUGCUCAGUCUUCAACAGCAAGAAUCGGGUCGAAACCAAUUGGAAUCACAAAGAAGAGAUGGGUACAAUGAGAUGGAAACGUUGCAACUUCUAAGUCAAACUCACCUUCAAUCUCCGGGUUCCGCAAGGCCUCAAGACAUGCACAGUGCAUAUUGGAAUAAUUACACGAAGGUCAGUGAGGUGCAGCAAGGGGUUCACAUGUUUCCAACUCAACACAACUCAAACUAUCAAAUGCAGUUUUCGAGCAGCAGCAGCAUUGGAGGGCAAUCAUCUGCAAGUGAUUAUCAUAAUCAGUGGAGAUCCAGUGGUCCACAAGUUUUUGCAAGUGCUGCAGCAUCAUCAGGAUUCCCUCCUCAGCAGAUAGUAAGAUCCGAUCCUAAUUGGCUGCACACAAAUGGCUUUCAUUCUUACAUGAGACCACCCUGAUCAUUAACACUAGCUAAUUAAAUUAUAUGUAUACUAGUUAAGCUAUAUGUAUGACUGCUUCUUUCGACAAUGUAAGACCUCCUAAUUAUUUGUGGUAGUUUUGGUAAGUAUUGUGCAGCUUCAUCAAUGUGCCCUCACAAAUCAAAGGAGGGUGAGGGUGAAAGUUCAUUAGUACAUAACUUUCUAGUAAUAUAGUAUAUUUUUGUCUUGGUCUACUAAAUUAGAGAUCAACUUUUAUGUGA